UUUUUUUUUUUUUUAUUGUGGAGAAGAGAUUGAUUAGGGAGUCGAUUGUCGUGGAGAUGGGGAUGAGGAUUUGAGAUUUUUAUGAAUCCGUGAUUUUUAUUUAUUUAUUUUGGCGAAAAUAGGAGGUGGAAGUGGAUUUGGACUGUAUUUAUUUUUAAGUCUAGAAAACUAAUGUGUAAAUAAAAAUUUAUUUUAAAAAUAUGAUGUGAAAAUGUCACAUGGCAAAUGAUGGUGCUUUCUUUAAGUGUGAUUUCUGUUUUUAAUAUAGUAAGAAGUGAAAUUUAGAACAAAGUAAAAUAUCAUAUAAUAAGGACCGGCGAGUUAUUAACUGCCUGCGGUAACUACUACUUUAACGGCGAAUGCUGUAUACUACUACUAUAUUAGUAGUAUAUUAUAAGCAUCAUUUUACCUUCUUUAACCUUUAUUAUUCAUCUGUGCUAUACUGUACUCUUGUUGUUAUACAACCACCCAACUGACCCAAGUACUCAACCACAACUGAAUGCUUUACCAUACAAUAUUCUAUUCGCUCCUCUUGUGUGAAGACUGUAGACUGCAUUUCACCCUGUCUCUUUUCUUUUGCCCUUCAUAUUAACUUUUCUCUUUGCCUCUUUAUCUGGAACAACCCAACUGUCAAACUCACCUCCGCCCCCAUUUCUUCCUUUUUAGUUUUUACCAUUUCCAUAUACUUACUUAUUAAGCUAUUUGCCUUUGCUUUUCUGAGGGGAAAAGAAGAAUUGAGUUAAGGAACUCUUAUUCCAACUGCUUAAAAAAUGGAGAGAAAGGUGCAGGUGAUUUGCGGUGUUGUGGGACUUUUGGGUCUCUUAUCUGCUGCCACUGGUUUUGCUGCUGAAGCCACCAGGAUUAAGGUCUCUCCUCCCGUCUUAUACCCCAUCCCAUUAACACUGUAUUCUUUUUUCCUUUUUCCUUUUUUGUUUCGUGAUUUUUGCAUAUGUGUAGAUGUUUAAUUGUUGAUACUUAGUGCAUCUUAAGGUUAAGUCCUUCACCUCAUUUGAUGGAUUCUAGCCAAACAACCUCUUUAGUUGCCUUGAUUUGGGGCUUUCUCUCUGUGUGUAUGUGUGUGCGUGUGUGUUCCUACCUAAUAAAGUUUCAAUCGUUGAUGCGCAGUGCUUUAUUAACUUUUUAUUUAUCACCGUCAAGUUGUUAUCUUUGUUUGAUCAUUCUAGCCAUACUCUCGCGUGCUAGCGGUACCUUGAUUUUUGGUUACGGUUGAAAUCCCUUUGCACUUGAAAAACAAGUGAAAACAUUACAUUCUAUUGGCUGUUGUCACUAUCUGGGGCGCAGGAAAAUGUUUGGCGUCCAAGACCUAAUGUUGGCACUAACAUAUUACCUUCUAUUGUGUUUCUUUAAGAUUUUACUACUCCCUCCGCCCCGAAAUUGUUGUCCAGUUUGAAUUUUCAUUUUUAGUUCAAAUUGUACUAAAAGUGAAAUCUCAAACUGAGACAAUAAUUUUGGGACCGAGGGAGUAUUUGUUUUCACGAACUUUCUCUGCGACUUCUUAUCACUUGGCAAGGGAGCUGUUAUAUCACUGCUGCACUGAGGCCUCCCGUUCGCAAAUAGUAUGUGUUAGGUUUUUGGUGGGGUACACAUAUUAUGACCUGACCUGAGAGCUGAAGGGACCAUUAGGUUUGAUGGCCAUCUCAAGUAGUGAUGGAGUUAUUCCAUAUUUCUGUAUCUUGUGCUUUGCCGAUUCAAAGGAUAUGUUUUUUUAUCCUAAGGUUUUUGUUCCUCCAUGUCCUGAGAAUUUGUUCUUUUUUCCUUUCCUUUUAAUUUUUUUUGGCCAGGGAGAUCAGGUUAAAUUUCCUUCCCCGGAUGUUUGUGUGUAUCCAAGGAGCCCUGCUUUGGGCCUCGGAUUGACCGCCGCUGUCACUCUUAUGAUCGCGCAUAUCAUUGUCAAUAUUGCCUCUGGGUGUAUCUGCUGCAGAAGAGGCUCACAUCAAGCUAAUCCUAACUGGAGACUUGCACUUAUCUGCUUCAUCGUAUCCUGGUUCACAUUUGUUAUUUCCUUUCUUUUGCUGCUGACGGGCGCAGCUCUGAAUGAUCAGCAUGGGGAGGAGAAUAUGUAUUUUAAUUAUUACUACUGUUACGUUGUGAAGCCAGGGGUUUUUGCUGGAGCUGCUGUUUUGUCUCUUGCGAGUGUUGCUCUUGGGUUGAUAUAUUAUAUUACCUUGACUUCUAUGAAGAAUGUUAGUAAUUCAUGGGGAGGAGGAGCGCCACUUCAUGGUGGUGGCAUAGCAAUGGGACAACCCCAGUUCCCCCCUCAAAAUGCUGCUCAAGGUCAAGCACCCGUUUUUGUGCAUGAAGACACCUAUAUGAGACGGCAGUUGGCUUGAUUGACUCUCAUCUUAGGGUAUUUUUGGUUCACUGAUGGUCAUGUGUGUUCCCUUUUGGAAGUUCUGCUCAAAUGUUCUUGCUUAGAGACAUGUAAAAAAUGAAGUAUGUAAUGACAAAUCGAUUAACAGACGCCUGUUUUAUUGUUCUGACAUAGCUUUGUUCCUGUUGUCUGUACAUUGUAAAGGUUCAGAACUGGUUUCUGGUUUUCUUGCCUUCCCGCUGGAUUAAAAGAAUAUCCAUUUUCUUGUAAAAGUAGUUCCGUUCUCGUCUAAUUGGGUUGUUAAAAUUAUUAGAAAUGAUUGUUGUUUUCACCAGUCUGACUACAUGUGCAUUGCUUCUUACUACUCUCAAAACUGUUUUGGUCAAACAAUUUGGCGCUUUUCACUGAUGGCUUUUCAAGGAUAUAUAUGUAUGUCUUCCUCUAUGUUGCUCUUCGGAAACUGCUGCAUCAUACCAUCUCUUAAAAUGAUCUGAACUGCAAAGCACUCAAAAAGUGUUACGCGCCUAAAAGAAGGGAAUGAGUCAGUACUGCUGCUAUACCUAGGUUUUGACUAACAGAUUCAUCCAACUUCCUGGCAGAAUCUCUUUUCUUAAUGAACUUUGUUAUGAAGGAGCCAUCACACAAUCAAAAGGUGGGGAGAAAGACCAUAAUCUCACAAGGUGGAAGAAUGUUAUCAUCAAUAUAAUUAUGUCUUGAGGUGGUUCGUCACACAACAAGUGAGUACAUCCACAGAAAUGACUAGGAACGAUGAUGAAGGGGGGAGUAAUACAGUUAACUUUUCACAAGCACAUUCUAAGAAAGAAUUCAUCUUACAGUACCUACAUUAUGAUGUUAAACUUCUAUACAGAUUCACAAAAAUUCAAUCACACUAGGAUUUAACGAAUGCGGUUCAAGUGAGCAAAUGGUUCAGUACUGGCUUUUGGUGCAGGUUUUGCGGCCUCAGCAGGAGUACCAAAUACGUUCCAGAACCUGAGGGUUUCAUCUCCAGCUGCAGAUGCGACAGUACACCCAUCGGGACUCUGAGACAUGUAAAGAACUCGUGAUGUGUGGCCGGUAAGUUCUGCUAUCUUUACCAUGGAAGGAUAUUUCCAGAGAGUGAGCUGAUUCUGAGUAAAACCAUGCGAGCUAAGCAGUUCACGCUCAUUCUUGUUCCACAGCAGGGCA